UGGUUAUAGGCACUCUAGUGUAAGGUAUAGGAAUUCUCAGUACGGGAGAAAUUAAUAAGUUUUCAAGAUUGUCUGAGCCCGUUUUAUCCAUAAAUAUCCUUGUUGUGACAUUCUGAUAUGAAGAAUGUGAAAGAAAAAAUGACGAAGAUCAAGAAUAGCUCGAUUAGUGGAACACGUGCUCUGGAGAAUGAAAUACAAUCGGAUAUAUCUUCACGUAAUAAAAAACUAUUCAAAAAAUUAAAGAAAAACAAAGAAACGAAACAUGUAAAAACAGUGUUAAAGAAAGACUAUGAAACUAACAAUAGUCUUGAGAUAUCGAACAAAAAUAAAUCUACGAAAAAGCACCUCGCAAACAUGAAUGAGCUCACUGUGAAAUCUGAUAUUCUAAUGAGAUCACCAAAAACGACUAACAAAAUCAAGUUACUAUCAGCAGAUAAUGCUGUCAUAACUUCCGAGAGCGAAUCAGAAACCCAUACUGAUCUUUCACAAGGACAAAGUGCCAUCAAUCACUCAGAUUUAGUUCUAAAUGAAAAGACGGCUAAAACAAGAUCUGGUCCAGAACAUUCUAUUUUCAUUGGAAAUCUUCCAAAUACAGCUAAAAAAUCGACGUUAAAGACAUUGUUCAAACCUUUCGGUAAAAUAUUAACCAUAAGAUUCCGUACGAUUGACGGUGUCAUAUUACUAAAAAAAAAUGAUCGCAAGAAUGCAAAGGCUUUAAACUGUUACGUUCGUUUUGAAAAAAAGAAUGAAGCUGAAGCGGCAUGCUCCAUGAACGGCGAAACUAUUGAAGGCAAUAGGAUUCGUGUAUCUUUACAUUCACAAAAACAACUAGGACAUCAUUCUUCGACAGUGUUUGUAGGAAAUAUUCAUAAAAAUACAUCUGACAAUGAACUGUAUGAUUUCUUCAGCAAAGUUGGUGAUAUUGAGUAUGUUCGACAAAUUUCCGGAAAGUACAUAGCCUACGUAUGUUUCAAAAAAGGAAUUUCAAUCGCUAAGGCUCUGAAACUGAAUCAACAGUUAUUGAAUGGACGUCCGCUGCGUAUAAUGAAAGUGAAUCCUGAACAACAACACAUGCGUAAAAAUAAAAAGGGUAACAUAGUGCCGAAAAACCAGUUUUCUAGUGGAAACAAAUCAAUAAAAGUUGAGCAUCAGAUCAAUAAUGGAGAACUUCGGAAAAAACCAUCAAAAGACUUUCAUGGAACUGUUGCCAAAAGCACAGCACAUAAAAAGCAUAAAAUUAAAAUGUCGUCAUCGGAAAAAAAGAAGAAACACCUUGCACAAAAGUUGAUGGCUGUCAGAGUUAAGAAAAUAUAAUAAACCACACCCUAUUAUAUAGUUGUUUAUUUUUGAAUGCAAUACAUAAAUUUAGUACUUGAACUACAA